UUCAUAGCGCCGAGAACGCGGGCCCUCAAGACGGUCGACGGCGCACCGUCUUCGACCGCUGAUAAAUCGCCAGGAUCGCAUCGAGAGCUCCACAGCUCCGGCAUGCUCGAGCGCGGACACCAUAUCUCGGUCCCACACUGCUCCGAAGAUCAUGCGGCUGCGAUACGAGCGAAGGGCUCCCUGUUUUGUGCCGUAUUAUACGCGUCGACGGCCGCGCCGACGCGAAAGUCAUAGAACCCAAAGUUUGAAGACACCCAGCGCACGUUCACGUACCCGGCCGUGAUAUAUCUCCGGAACUAUCCAUUAUCUCGGUACUUAAGGCGGGCCGUGGCCCGUCUGAAAAACGACCUGCCAAAGAGGGCUGCCGUUGCCCGCCUUCCGCCUCGCCACCCGGCACCAAACUUGGCACAGCAGCAGAUGAGCUCGGCGGGUCCACGUUAUCCAGCCAGCGCCCCCAUGCCACUUCCCGCGUCGCGCGGGCGGCCUCAAUUAUGCGAACGUGCGGGUCGGUCCGGCUGGUUUGCGCGGCGGUGGGCUGUGGCUGCCUGUUGUCCCCUUGAUCGAACAAUUCCACUGCUUCGUCGGUAUGCGACAGCCGCUUCUCAGCUUAGUGCUGUGCAUUUACGCAUGCUGCUUAAACGACGAACGGGCAAUUGCGGGCCAGGUUUGGGCAUCGACAGCGCAGAUUAGGACAGGCGACAACAAUCCACGACUCGAGGAGCAAACGUGGCAAGCGCGGCAGAUUGAACUUGGAUGUGGCCGCGAUAUCACACUUGAUUGGGCGGAGCUGCGUCGUCGCGUAUCAAUGACAGAUGCGCGCCUUCUGCUUCGUACGACGGCUCUAGACCUGGCGAUCCGUGAGAAGUUCGUGGUUUUCGACCUUGGCGUUCUUAGAGGUUAUGUUGAUCGUGAUCGCUGUGUUCUCCUAUUACCCACGCUUGCUGAUGCGCAACUUAGUAUGACAGUGCCGGAGGGACAGAAGAUUCCUGCAUGUCGACUGUUCUUGUCGCGGGAGCACAUUACGCGCGUUGAAGCUAAUAUCGUCGAAGCCCUAUCUCAACCCGGUGGUCGACGCCUGAGUUUCACCAUGGUCGUGGUGGAAUGCAUCCUUGAGGAAGUGGGGACCCCACCCCCAGAUCCUCCCCACCUUAUGUUGCACCUUAUUGUUGCCUUUUUAGGCGUAUCGGCAUGCUCUCAAAGAGUUCUCACGACUUGAGCAGACUAUUGGCUCUGAGCUUGAAGCACUCUGUGACUUUGGAAACUCGGAGACGACGCGGGCGGGCACGCUCUGUCGACUUUUGCCAUUGGAGACAAAGCUCCAGGAGGAAGCAGUACGUGGGAGGCGUGUCUACGCGCUGAUCGGCGAUGCAUUGGAAUCAGAUGUUGAAGGUAUUCGCACGAAUCAUGUUCUACUUGCGAGUAGCACGGUGCCUUACGAGCGCUCUGACGAAGUCAACGAAGUUCCAACAAUGAUUGAUGAGUUCGAGAGGUAUACUAACAAAGAAGUCGUGGCAUCAGUCUUUGAAAAUUACCUCUGUCGUUGGGAGGAAGUUAAUGAUGGUAUUGAGAAACUCGUUGGGGCAAUCGAUUCCACACGAAAACUCAUAGAGCUCACUCUUGAUAAUGAACGUAAUCGCAUAGAGCGCAUGGAGCUCUAUCUGUCCAUGGGAGGACUCAGUUUUGCAAUGAUGUCAGCGGUCGGCGGUUUUUUUGGCAUGAAUCUUCUUUCAGGCCUUGAGGACCAUCCAAAAAAGUUCUGGAUAGUAACCUAUGUCACCCUUAUAACCUCGGCGUCUCUCUGGUAUGUUACAUGGCAACGCUUCCACUUGGGACGCCAGAUCCAACACCAACAAGUUUCUGGCUUUGUUGGCACCCUGCGUCGUGCGGUUGUUCCCCAGUUGCCCCCGGGCUUCUUCUAGGCAAGACUAUUGGAUAUUCAGCUUACCUAGAGUGCCUUACGUGAUAACACAGGGGGAUUUGGUAGCUAUGGACAACGUAAGACAGGCAAACAGUUUCUCAGCCUUAUGUCGCGUCCGACCUAUCAUGAACUCGCCCUCGUCCUGGGAGGAGGAUCGUGAAAUUGCAAUGGGUAUAAAGAAGACGCAGCCUAUAAUGCCUGAGACUAUCCUGAGCCUGAGAUGGGAGACUUCGCUACUCAUCCUUAGCCGAGGCCCGGGGGGCUGAACUCAAAUAUCCUGUAGCCUGAGUGCCUGAGCGCUGAUAGCGCCUCCCAUUGGCAAAUCAUCUACUUGAUCACUCGAGCCUGUCUGCCGUUGGGCUCUGUCAGACUGGCGGACUGAUUAAUUAUUUUGAUGCUACAAGCAAGCAAGUCGCUCGAUAUAAUACCUGCUGCGUAGUCUUGACUACCAGCGCUCAGGCUACCGGCCCCAAGAGACUUCUCUGCACUGGCAGGCCGCCAGGACAAUUUGUAAUCAUGAUGUCGGACAUCGCCACAGUGAUGCACUGGUACGAACUUGAAAGGUGCGUGCUAGUGGCGUUGAGAUGCUGCAACUUGCUGUUGCGCUCCUCUUUCGUUUCGCGAGAUGGGCCGAACACCUUAUGCCGACUGUCUGGAGUAUGCUGUCUGGAGUAUGCUGUCGACGACACGUCGUACCCACGGACAAAGUGCGGCCUCGUACAUUCCGCUCGAGACCAAGGGAAACUGUGUUUUUUGCUCUUAAAUCGUCACAACGCGUCGUGGCGUCAUACAUAGGCCGCGCCGGUGGCACAAAAAAAUCACUCCCCGGGUCACGGUCCGUACCACUCCACGGCUACUGGUCACGGUCCGUACUGGCUCGCCGCUUGGGGGGCCCGCCCCUGCUGAUGAAUGAGUUGUACUACUACUAGUAGUGGCCUCCAGACUAAUCUUUUUUUUCUCUUU